AUGGGAAAUAUUUUGGGAUCUAGAAAAAAGUUACCAAAAGAAGAUUUAGAAUUCUUAAGGACGAAUACAAAUUUCACAAAGAAACAAAUUAAACAAUGGUAUCGAGGAUUCAUAAGAGAUUGUCCUUCUGGUCAAUUAAGCAAAAAGAAGUUUAUCGAGGUGUAUUCAGGUUUCUUUCCUGACGGGGAUGCAGAAGAAUUUUGUACACAUGUAUUUCGAACAUUUGAUAAGGAUAAUUCGGGUAAAAUAGACUUUAAAGAAUUUCUUUUGGCUAUUAAUAUAACAUCAGGUGGUAAACCUGAAGAGAAACUUGAAUGGGCCUUUCAAAUGUAUGAUAUUAAUGGGAAUGGAACAAUUGAAAAGCAUGAAAUGGUUGAAAUCAUCAAAGCAAUCUACAGUAUGUUAGGUGCAGAUGAAUCUACUGUCGAUCUUAGUCCAGAGGCGCGUACCGAUGAAAUCUUUGAAAAAAUGGAUAGUAAUGCUGACGGUGUAUUAACUAGGGAAGAAUUUAUGGAUGGUUGUAUGGCAGAUAAACAACUUUAUUCUAUGCUAUUGGCUGAUGAACCAGCUGAAUAG